GCGACAGUCAAAAGGCAUUCCUUGCCCGCAUGCAAUCGUAGUCAUUCUUUGCACAAACCAGUGCCCGCAGAUGUUUUGUUGCCAAAAGUUCUCUGCGGAGGAGUGUCGGGCAACAUAUGCGGGGUUGAUCCAUCCACUGCGGCCGAGGGAGAUGUGGGCAUCUGACAAGGUCGCAGGAGAUGUCUAUGGAAAGGAAGUUGGUGACGGGUCAGGAGUUGAGGAAGAGGAUAUGCACGUGGACGGAAGCAAGAUUUUGCCACCCAUUGCACGUGCGGGGCGAGGUCGUCACACAAAGGUGCGUCCCGUCAACGCAGGAACCGCAACCUUGAAGGAUGCAACGUCUGAGGCAAUCCGCGACUGGGUGACGAACGUUGAGACAACUCAUUACAUCUUGGGGUCUGUCUGUGGUCCCCACCCUUAUCCGAUGAUGGUUCGCAACUUUCACGACUGCAUUGGCAAGGAGGUUCGGCGACAAGCGCUGGAGAAAUGGGGUGGUAAGCCAGAUGUCCUUGUUGCAUGUGUGGGAGGGGGCUCAAAUGCCAUGGGCCUAUUUAAUAACUUCGUCGAUGACAAGGAGGUUCGCCUGAUUGGAGUUGAAGCUGCAGGUUUUGGACUGGAUUCCGGAAAGCAUGCGGCUACACUGACGCUAGGCUCGCAAGGAGUCCUUCAUGGAGCCAUGAGCUAUCUUCUCCAGGAUGAAGAAGGGCAGAUCAUCGAGCCGCAUUCAAUCAGUGCUGGGCUUGAUUAUCCUGGAGUUGGUCCCGAGCAUAGCUUCUUAAAGGAUAUUGGACGAGCCGAGUACGCGAGUGUGACAGAUGCUGAAGCUUUGGAAGCUUUCAAGCUAGUGUCGCGUUUGGAGGGAAUUAUUCCUGCGUUGGAAACGUCGCACGCACUGGCACACUUGGAAAAGCUGUGCCCCACUUUGCCCGAUGGUACAAAGGUCGUCGUCAACUUCAGUGGUCGUGGAGACAAGGAUGUGCAGACAGUAAUGAAAAUCCUCGGCAGCGAUCUCUCGUCGUAGGCAGAGCGAGAGCAGCAGGAGAGCAUCCUUCAGAGCGUGACCAAUGUGUUUGCAGCAUGUAAGUUCGCUCCCUUUCGUUUUUCGCAUUUGCCGUGGUCUUGUGCUGAGUGGGCUCUCCAAGCCAGCAUCUCGAAGGGACACCAUCGGCCGGGCCACAUCAUGUGAGAGAAAGAGAGAAAACAAAAUGCCAUUCUUUUUUUUUUUCAAUGUGAGAGAAAGAGAGAAAACAAAAUGCCAUUCUUUUUUUUUUUCUUUUCAAUCUGUCCUUUUGUCAUUUUGGGGAAGCCUCUGGCCAGUCACAUGCCUGACAAGGUGUGCAAGCGCACGUCGAGAUCCCGGCGAUACAGAUACAGCAAGUGUUUCAAGUUCGACGCUCAGAAUUUCUCUCCGUAGAAGUUCAAAUUUCUUUCUCCCCUCGCUUCAAAUCCUGUGGGCCUUUUUUUUUUUUUUUUUGCGCUCCAGUAUUGGCUUGUGUUGACAGUCAAACCAUCCAUGAUUCCAUAUCCUUUUGAAGGAUGUCCCUUUUUUUUUUUUGUCAUUUUUUUCCUUAAAGCUGUCUUCUCCUCAUCGGGGGACAGCUCUAUAUUUUUCUCUCAAUUUUUCCUCACAUAUAGACACCUUGUCCCAUCUUUUUUGGGUCCACUCUAGCUUUUCGCCGUUUUCGGUUUUGCAAGUUGAAUAAUCCAUUGCGUGUUGAAGGAUGUCCCAGGCUGAGUAGACAGAUAGUUGAUGAUUGCAAUUGGAAUGCAAGGGUGGCUUGGCGGUGUUAGCGAGGGGGGGUGGAUCUGUGGUGGUCAGAAAUAAAUGGGGUGGGUCAGAAAUGGGGGGGGGGGGGGGGGGGGGGGGGGGGCGGAAGGGAGCGAGAGUGAGCUGAGGAUUGGUAGUGGAAGGCAUGGGUCUCUGUGGAGAAGAUGAGAGUUUAGAAAAGAUCUAAACAAACUACGAAAGAUAAUCAGAACCGGGCACCAGACCUUCUGGUCGUCACCCUUUUUCGAUAGCUCGAUCAUUGUAUCAGGGGUCGAGAUUAACAAAAGUGCUUUUUUUUUUUGUUUUGUUUUUGUUGUAAAAGGGCGAUGGCCUUGAGGUAUUAUCAUCGGACUAACCAGCCCAGGUAAAUUCAAUCUUGUGUCUAAUCUGACAUCGGGUGGCCUUUUCAGCCCAGGGUGGCCUUGUUGCCUUCAGGGACCCCCCAAUGGGGGACACCAGCCAGGGGACAGCCGGUAUCAGAGGGACCGAGCAUCAUCUGAGUGGCCAGUCGCUGUGCCUCCCCGAUUACCCCUCCCCCUAUGAACAUCAGCAGAGACUGCUUUUUAAUGCCAAUUGGGGGGACCAACGGGCUAUCUCUAGGUGGCGGGCCCCAAGCAUGCCCAGGAAGGUACAUGAGGCCAAUGGGGAUUGAACCCAAGACCUCCUGAAUGCCACUUCCGUGCCUUACCAACUGAGCUAGGCCGCCGAUUACUGUAUUUUUUGGGGGGACAUCUGGUGUUGCGAAUUUGGGACUUGUGGAUUGUGGCAAGCCAUAGAUCUGCAUGAGAGGGCAGAAUGAGUGUGGAACAUGUGAUAAGAUGUGUCAUCACUUAAAACGUGUCACAGAAUGUC